GCUUUCGGAUCACAAACCGGUAACUGCGGAAGUCAAGUUACGGAUAGGCAUGGAGCGAGGGGGAGGCUUCUUCCGGCUGAAUGCACAGAACCUCGAGGAUGCAGGACUAAUAGAGUGGGUAGGACAGCACUUGAAGGAUUGGGAAGAGACUAAACACUUGUUCCCAUCACCAGAAGAGUGGAUGGAUGAGGGUAUGGCCAUCAUCUCAAGUGUCCUGAACGUCUGCUCGAAGAUCCUGGCCAGAUCCAAGAACAAGGAGGAAGCGGAGUGCAAACGGAGAGUGGAAGAAGCGGAGGAAAGAAUGGAACGGCAUCCGAUAUCGGCCCUAGCCUGGGCAGCGGAGAGGGAGAGGCGGUUGGCAAUAUGGGAGAACCUAAAGCUAGCAAAAGAACGACGAUGGGCAGAGUUGCUCAAAGAGAAGGGCAUCGAAACCAACGAUAAGAUGAGCAAAGAGUCUUUCCAGAGUCUUCUACCAAGACGAUCAGCACAGCAAAUGGUGGAACUAAAACAUCCAUUCGACGGAGCCGCUCCAGCAGCUUCCUUGGCAGCAGGAAUGUUAGAACACGCCAGACUCUACUAUGAAGAUAUACUCACAACUCGGCGCCCACAGGAUGAGAUCACCACAGAUCUCACGACGAUUUCCAACAUUUGGGAAGACACAAGUGUGAAAGUUGCAACUCCGGCCAAGUUGGAUCUAGACAGGCCAAUCACAUUGGAGGAGACCACCCAAACGCUAAAGUCCAUGGCCCGUGGGAAAUCCCCUGGGAUGGACGGCCUGACAGUAGAGUUCUACUCUCAAUGCUGGGGGGUAAUGGGGCCGCCGUUAGUAGAAGUAUAUAAUGGAGUGUUGACAGGAGGCAAAUUGGGUAAACGGAUGACACAUGGAGUAAUCUCGUUGCUGUUCAAGAAAGGGGACAAGGCGGAGGUAAGGAACUGGCGCCCUAUCUCCUUGUUGAACGUCUCAUACAAGAUUCUGGCCAAGACGCUUGCAAGGAGACUGGGACACCACUUACCUUCGCUGGUGGAAAAGGACCAAGGUGCCUUUGUGCGCAGACGAUCAAUCUUCAACAAUAUAGUAACUGUUGUUGAGGUUCUAAAGGUAGUGCAAGCGGAGGACCUCAACACUGCAAUUCUCCUGAUCGACCUGGAGAAAGCAUACGAUAAGGUGGGGUGGACAUUUGUCAUGACCACGCUAAGACACAUGGGCUUUGGCGAGGGCUUCUGCAAGUGGGUGGUUGCGCUGUACACUUUGUCAACAUCAGCCGUCAUGGUAAACGGCUUCCUCUCUUCCUCCUUCAGAUUGUCAAGGUCACUGCGCCAGGGCUGCCCACUUGCUCCGCUGCUGUUCGUGCUACAGAUGGAGGUGCUCCUGAACUGCAUCAGAAGACACCCACAGAUUAGAGGCCUUCGAUUACACGACGCAGUGGAGUGUAAGGUGAAGGCUCUUGCGGACGACCUCUUCACCGUCUGUGAGAACGCAGUGCCAGCUCUCACAACAUUAAAGGAGACUAUGCAAGAGUACUCGGUGCUGUCAGAAGCUUCAGUGAACUGGACCGAGUCCUACUACCUGUUACCGCACCAAUUCGAGCUGGAGGUGGAGUGGGGGAUGAAAAGGGUGAAACAGGGAGAGGAGGAAAGGUUCCUAGGGGUUCUCCUUAGUCUCCACGCGGAAGCCUCGGCGCAACGUUCCCUGCUUCAGAGCAGGAUUGCAGCUAGGCUAAACCUGUGGGGCUCCGCUUGGCACCUGUCGCUUAUAGGCCGGGCGUUGGUGGCAAACGUGGCGCUGUUUUCCAUACUCUGGUUUGUAUGCAUGGUCAGAGAAAUCGCAGAUGGAGUCUUUGCUGCGGUACGCAGACUGGUCGCCCGUUUCCUGUGGAAGCCGAGAUCAAAAAAUGAAGAAGGGUUCAUAACGAAGGUGUCUUGGGAACUGAUUUCCUUCUCGCGUAAAGAAGGAGGGCUAGGGAUGUGGGAUCCGGCAAGGAAGAACAAAGCCCAACUGAGAAGCUGGCUGUGCAAGGUAGCCAUGGCAGAUUCGAGGGAAGACUGGGUGACCUUGGCCGAAAGACUGUUGAUGAGGGAAUGGGGCCUGAGUAGGCCCGAGGAUGUUUGGGCUUGCUUUUUUAUGAAGUCAUUCAGGAGAAAGCGACUAAAAUCUCAGUUUUGGAGAGCCGUUAUGAGAGCCUGGAAGGACUUGCCGCCGGAGUUACCAUCCAACCCUCUCACGAAAGAUGAGGUCCUGGUCCAAUAGCUAUUCGAAAACCCAAGGAUCCUGGCACAGGAUGGCCAGUCUUUCCCCGCAAAUGGGGCCACAGCAUCCUUCGGCCUAGCGUGGAUGAGGAAAGGAGUCACUCGUAUCCGAGAUCUAUGGUCAUCAUUGCUGGGGAACUGGGAACCUCUUGCUGAAGUCACAUCACGUCUGUCCGGACUCCGAAGGGUGGAAGAGAAUUGGAUGGCCAUCCGGGAGGCUAUUCCUCAGGAGUGGCUCAACAUCCUGGGCCCAGAAGGGAUAGACCCAGUGGGUACCUGGUACGUCCCUGACGCAGAGGGAGAAGCAAGGGUGGUGUGGAAGAUAAAGGAAAUCACACCAA